AUGCCUCGCCCGGGCCGGAACACGUACAGCGACCAGAAGCCUCCGUACUCGUACAUCUCGCUGACGGCCAUGGCCAUCCAGAGCUGCCCGGAGAAGAUGCUGCCGCUCAGCGAGAUCUACAAGUUCAUCAUGGACCGGUUCCCCUACUACCGGGAGAACACGCAGCGCUGGCAGAACUCUCUGCGCCACAACCUCUCCUUCAACGACUGCUUCAUCAAGAUCCCGCGCCGCCCGGACCAGCCCGGGAAGGGCAGCUUCUGGGCGCUGCACCCCAACUGCGGCGACAUGUUCGAGAACGGCAGCUUUCUGCGGCGCCGGAAGCGCUUCAAGGUGGGCAGCAUGCAGCCCACCGACCCGCUGGGCCCCAGCAAGCCGCAGGACGCCGCCCACUACCUGCAGCAGCAGGCCAAGCUGCGGCUCAGCGCGCUGCACGCCGCCGCGCACCUGCCGCAGAUGUCGGCCGGAUACAACCUGAGCUCCGCGGCGCAGCCGUCCGGCUUCAAGCACCCGUUCGCCAUCGAGAACAUCAUCGCCCGAGAGUACAAGAUGCCGGGCGGCCUGGCGGCCUUCUCGCCCGCCGGCUACCCGCUGCACAACCAGCUGGCCCCGGCCUGGCCGCACAUGUACGGCUCCGGGAUGAUGGACCCGGCGGCGCCCAUCAGCGACUACUCGGCCUACGGGAUGCCGCUCAAGUCCAUCUGCCACGGCCAGACGCUGCCCGCCAUCCCGGUGCCCAUCAAGCCCACGCCCGCCUCGGUGCCCGGCCUGCCCGGGCUGCCGGCGCACAUCCCGGCCUUCCUGGCCAACUCGCCCCAGUCCCUGAGCCCCACGUCCCCGCAGACCGCCACCGGGCAGAGCAGCCCGGCGGCGCCCGGAGAGGCGCUGCAGCCCGCGGUGGCGGUCCACUGA